AUGUCAAUAAUAGAACCACUUGCUUUUGGUUAUGCCAAAGAUCCAUGGUCUGUUUAUUUUGCUGGACGAAAAAUUGAAGGUGCAUCAUCAAUGACAUUUCAAGUAUUAGAUGAUGGUUAUUCAAAAGAUUCAUGGAAUGUUUAUUAUAUGGGUCAAAAAUUGGACGGUGCUUCAGUACUUUCAUUUGAAACAUUAGGUCAGGGAAUUGCAAAAGAUGCUUUCCAUCAUUAUUAUUGUGGACAAAAAUAUAAUAGUUUAACACCACCAAUGCAUACAUUCAAAUAA